AAGCGAAUUUCGCGGCUCGAGACUUGGAGAAGGGACCAGACGGAGCCGCCCGAGAGCACAGCAACAGCCUCUCUCUCUCUUCCUCCUCCUCCAUCCUUCUCCCUCUCCGAUCGCUCCUCCUCCUCCUCCGCGUGGGCGUCGCGCCUCCGCCCCCGCCGCCGCCCCCGCGCACCCUCGCUCCACAAAGGUUUCUCGCUUUAAGGCAUCUGCAAUCUGUGGCACACCUUUCAUAAGCUAGUAUAUAUAGCUGCCAGAUCACCCUUCCACAAGUAUGAAUCCUUAUUUCGUUGGCUUUCUUGUGCCCAUCGUGGUAUCUCUUCUGCUCCAGAAAAGGAGAAAGGUCGGAAAUAAGAGAGGGGUGCCAGUUGAUGUCGGUGGAGAGCCUGGCUAUGCUAUCCGCAACCAUCGAUUUGAACAUCCCGUUGAAACGCAUUGGGAAGGGAUCACCACACUUGCUGAGCUGUUUGAGAAGUCCUGCAAUGAAUAUCUCCACAUGCCCCUCCUUGGCACCAGGAAGCUCAUUUCAAAGGAAAUGGAAUCAUCGCCUGAUGGGAGGUCCUUUGAGAAGCUUCAUCUGGGGGAGUACGAAUGGAAAUGCUAUGCUGAGGCCUUCAAGAGCGUUUGUAACUUUUCAUCUGGACUGAUUCGGUCAGGUCACCAGAACAAUGAGCGUGUUGCUGUUUUUGCUGAGACACGGGCCGAAUGGCAGAUUGCACUGCAGGCAUGCUUCAGACAAAACAUAACAGUUGUCACCAUCUAUGCCUCCUUGGGGGAGGAAGCACUAUGCCACUCACUAAAUGAGACAGAGGUCACUACUGUUGUAUGUGGUCAGAAGGAAUUGAAGAAGUUGAUUGAUAUAAGUUGGCAACUUGACACUGUCAAGCGUGUGAUCUACAUCAAUGAGGAAGGCAUCUCAGCUGAACUUUCUCUAGCUCGAAAUAGCACUAGCUGGGCACUUGAGUCAUUUGAUGAAAUAGAUAGAUUAGGAAGUGAAGCACCUGUUGAUGCAAGCAUGCCUCUCCCAUCUGAUGUUGCAGUGAUAAUGUACACAAGUGGUAGCACUGGAUUGCCCAAGGGAGUUAUGAUGACACACCGCAAUGUCCUGGCUACUCUUUCAGCUGUUAUGACCGUUGUGCCUGAACUAGGCAGAAAGGAUAUUUACAUGGCCUACCUCCCACUUGCACACAUUCUUGAGUUGGCAGCUGAGGCACUUAUGGCUGCUGUUGGGGCCUCCAUAGGAUAUGGAUCAGCUUUGACCCUGACUGACACAUCAAGCAAAAUAAAAAAGGGAACUCUAGGUGAUGCUUCUGCACUAAAGCCAACACUGAUGACUGCUGUACCUGCUAUACUUGAUCGUGUCCGUGAUGGUGUGAGAAAAAAGGUAGAUGCAAAGGGUGGUGUGGUGAAGAAAUUAUUUAACAUUGGUUAUAACCGUCGGCUUUCUGCUAUCAACGGAAGUUGGCUGGGUGCAUGGGGAGUAGAGAAAUUGCUGUGGGAUAGGCUCAUCUUCACAAAUGUGCGUGCAAUAUUGGGAGGAAAGAUUCGUUUUGUACUCUCAGGUGGAGCACCCCUGUCCGGAGAUACUCAGAGAUUUAUCAAUAUAUGUCUUGGGGCUCCAAUAGGCCAAGGGUAUGGGCUGACUGAAACUUGUGCUGGAGCAACAUUUUCCGAGUAUGAUGACACAUCUGUUGGACGUGUUGGUGCUCCACUGCCUUGUUCAUAUAUUAAGUUGAUCGACUGGGCUGAAGGUGGAUACUUAACAACUGAUUCACCAAUGCCUCGGGGGGAAAUAGUCAUUGGAGGUCCCAAUGUAACUAAGGGUUAUUUCAAGAAUGAAGCUAAAACGAAUGAAGUCUAUAAGGAGGACGAAAGAGGUCUGCGAUGGUUCUAUUCUGGUGACAUCGGGCGUUUCCACCCAGAUGGCUGCCUUGAAAUCAUUGACCGUAAGAAAGAUAUCGUGAAGCUUCAGAAUGGUGAAUAUGUAUCUCUUGGAAAGGUGGAAGCUGCGCUGGCUAUGAGCCCGUAUGUUGAGAACAUCAUGGUCCAUGCUGAUCCUUUCCACAGUUACUGUGUUGCACUUGUGGUAGCUGCACGUAAUGAGCUAGAAAAGUGGGCACUCCAGCAAGGAGUUACAUACACUGAUUUCACAGAAUUGUGCCAGAAUAAAGAGGCUGUUCAAGAAGUGCUUGGAUCUUUAGCGCAGGCUGCGAAGCAAACACGACUGGAGAAGUUCGAGAUGCCAGCCAAAGUCAAGCUGAUAUCCGACCCAUGGACCCCCGAGUCGGGCCUCGUCACAGCUGCCCUCAAGCUCAAGAGGGAGGUACUUAGGAAGAAAUACGAGGACGAUCUGGCUCAGUUGUACGCCUGAUGGUUCUGCCUGAUUCCCUCAUCUAAGUGACGUAGAACAGAGCUCGGUAUUGAUAAAUUGUGAUGUCGAGGUAAAUUGAUCAUCUGAGAGAGUAGAUUUGCUGUCUAGGGGAUGUUUCCCUUACGCUGAGAAGCAAUUUUGUUCUUAAAGUGCCUAGUUUUGCACUUCACUUCCCACCAGGUAUCUAGCAUAAAUCCCACCUUAUUUUCAGUGCAUUGUACAUCUCUUAUCGAAACAUAGUAUCCAUCAUCUAGACGAAACGUGUGGUGGGCUCUCAGUUUGGAUAUUUUUAGCUGGAAAUAUCAUUACCUUUA